AUGUAUAAUUUUCAAUAACGUUACUCGCCUGCUUAGUUUUUAGAUAGCUCAUCGGUCUCAUUGCAAAACCAGCCGCUUAGACUUAACCAAAGACUAAAUAUUUCUUCUUUUGUUUGUCAAACUCCUUAGAAUGAGGUGUUUAAGCCAAGAACUCCGCAAAAUAUGACUUUUAUUGAUAUAAGUGGAAUCAAUAAGAACCAAAAUAGCAACAACACUAGCAUCAAUAGGGGUAGGAAAACUUAAACAAACUCUGGCAUAAAAAAUUAACGCGCAACCGGAAAUGGAGAGAAAAAACUCCAGAAUAGACUAAUUGAAAUGUGCGAGGAAAGUAGGAAGCAACCUUCUGCUAUGACUGAAAAUGAGAAUAUAAUAAAUAUUCAGAUUCAGAAUUCUGGAUAAGGCAUGGGAUUACAACAACCAUUAAAAACUCUUAAAUAUGAGAAUUUUGCACCAAAUUAAAGAGAUGGCGAUGAUGAUCUUGUGCCUUCUGAUACUUUUGCUUCUUCAAACAACACUGAAUGUGAUCUUAGAACCAUGAACACAGACAUAAUUCCACAAGUUAUGGACUCAAUAACUUACAUGAAAGCUAAAGAACUUUACAAUCAAUUUCUUUAAGAGACUAUAUCUUUAGAAUAAACAUUGUUUGAUACGGCUAACGUCAGAACUAUAAAUGAAAGAAAUCGCUCAGUUAACAGUGCCAGUAUAGAAAGAGUUAGGAAUCAUUCAUCAGAGUUCUCCUAAUAUAGAAAAAUGGAUUCAAAGCCUCUUGAUAAAAUUAAACAUGAGGAAGUAUCAAUUGAUGAAUCCUAUAUUGAUGAGGACUGUAGUCCAGUUCCUUUCAAACCAUCGCUUAAGGAUUCAAUGAUUCUAAAGCAAACCUAUCAAUAGAUAUAGGUUAUGGUGGACAGGACGAAUCAAAGGACUAAUGAAUCUACUGAUACCUAUGUUAGUCACAGAAAUAGUCUCUCAACUUAACAAAGCAGAGACAACUCUAACUUAACUAAAUAGAGUUUAAUGAAAUAACUCACUCAACAGAGUUAACUAAAAUGCAUUGUUGAAAGAAAGGGCUCAUUUACUAAUGAGUAACCUAAGCUUAAUCUCUGUGGAAUAGAUGCCAAUAAAUAUAAAAGCAGAUAAAGAUCAAACAAUAAUAGAGCUUAAACAGAAAAGAGUGCCACAAGGUCAGGAUAGAACUGGUCUUCUACAGGUAGAUCAUAGAAAAACUCUCCUAAAAAUAGAUUGAAUCAAAGCAUUGUUUAAAAAAGAUUAGCUGAGUAAAAGGCUAAACUUCAAGAAAGUAUUGAUAAAAAUGAUAAGAAAUAUCAGGAUAGGCUAAAGAAAAUAGAGGAACAGAGAAGAUUAAGAGAGAUUUAAAAAGAAAUAGAAAAUAUAAUGAUAGCCAAGGCUAGCAGCAAAAGGAUUUCAAGAGGUAAGGACGAAAGUGCUCUGCUGAUUAAGAAUGUAUCACUAAGAGAGACGAGUAAGAGCAGAGACAAAGAUAGUGAAAGAUCUUAGAAUACCAGAUAAGUGCUAAAGAGAAAGCCAGCACAUGAGUAAGAGAACAAUUCACCAUAUCUCCCGCAUAAGUCUGCUAGAACUCAUUAGAAAGCUGAUAAACAACCCAGAUAGCCAAUUUAGCUUAAAAAGAAGACUCCAAUUAAAUCUCAAAUGACUUCUAGACCUAAGAAUCUUUCAAUUACUCAGAACAUCAGAUGA